AUGUCGAUAAUUGGUAAAGAUGGGGAUAAGCGCAACAUUCCAGUGGCACUCGCAGGAAUCCACCUUGACGACCGCGCCACAUUUACCGACAAAGGCAAGCAGUUAGGAGCUCAGCUGUACUUGGCUCACCUGUACUUGGCUCAAUGGGGGUUUAAGCUGCAGCUCAAGUUUUACUCUGUUCAUUUGCGCUUCAACAUUAUGGACAAGUUCAAGCCCAUGAAUUUGAGCGAAACCCAGACACGUAUCCUGAGUCAAUCACUAAGCGGGUCGGGGACAAGACAGUACACGAAAUUGUUUGGAGUUAUCUCCACAACCUACAUCCUACGAGCUGGAGCGUGA